CGUUCACACCUUCCUCUGCUCUGUCAUGGCUGGAAAUAUAGUUUAUGCUGAUUUAAACUUUGCUGGAGCCUCUUCAAGACCACCACAUCCAUCCCAGCACCUCAGUCUCCCUCAGUGCCCGCACUGGCAUCGGAUCGCUCUGGGAGUCGGAUGGGCUGGGAAUGUCAUCCUGGCGGGAGUUGUGAUUGUGCUGGGUGUCUGGGUAGUAACCAAAGGAUCCUGCCUGGACGAUUUCCGAUCUCAAUUGAAACAAACGCUUUGUGUUUCAUCACUCAGCAACGCAACAGAGGGCUCUGAGUGCAAACUCUGCCCCAGGGAUUGGUUGUUGCAUAGAAGGAAGUGCUAUUGGGUCUCUAAAGAAGUUAAAUACUGGAAGAAGAGCUUUGAUGACUGUACAGUGAAGAGGUCUCACAUGCUCGUGAUCCAGGACCAGGACGAGAUGGAUUUCAUACGGAAUGUUACAAAAGGUGUAAAUCAUAUCUGGAUUGGACUUAACGUUACAUCCCCUGAGAGGAACUGGAUGUGGGUGGAUGGCUCCCUAGUCAACCAAACACUGUGA